AAAAAAGAUUCCCCCCCCCCACCACACCCCUCCCCACUUUUCAAUUAGACCCUGAUGGGUGGAGUAAUGCAAUCAGGAGUCACUACGGCCCGGUCGGACCCUCCUCGCUCAGUCUGCCCCAGACUCGGCUCAGGCACACACUCCCACACAGGAAGGUGAGGUACCCUGCGUCACCAUGACCGAGCGCUACGACUGCCAUUACUGCAAGGAGUCCUUGUUUGGCAAGAAGUAUGUCCUGCGUGAGGAGAAUCCCUACUGUGUGAAAUGUUACGAGAGCCUGUACUCCAACACCUGUGAGGAGUGCAAGAAGCCCAUAGGCUGCAACACCAGGGAUCUGUCCUACAAGGACCGCCACUGGCAUGAGGAGUGCUUCAAGUGCUUCGGGUGCAAGCGCUCGCUGGUGGACAAGCCCUUCUCCACCAAAGACGAGCAGCUGCUCUGCACCGAGUGCUACUCCAACGAGUAUUCCUCCAAGUGCCACGAGUGCAAGAAGACCAUCAUGCCAGGCUCUAGGAAGAUGGAGCACAAGGGAAACAGUUGGCACGAGACCUGCUUCACCUGCCAGAGGUGCCAGCAGCCCAUUGGCACCAAGAGCUUCAUCCCCAAGGAAAACCACAACUACUGCGUGCCGUGCUAUGAGAAGCAGUUUGCCAUGCAGUGUGUGCACUGCAAGAAGCCCAUCACCACCGGCGGGGUGACCUACCGCGACCAGCCCUGGCACAAGGACUGCUUCCUGUGCACGAGCUGCAAGCAGCAGCUGUCCGGCCAGAGGUUCACCUCUAGAGACGACUUUGCCUAUUGCCUCAACUGCUUCUGCAACCUUUAUGCCAAGAAGUGUGCCUCCUGCACCACCCCCAUCAGUGGUCUCGGAGGCAGCAAGUACAUUUCCUUUGAGGAGCGCCAGUGGCACAACGACUGCUUCAACUGUAAGAAAUGCUCCGUGUCCCUGGUCGGGCGUGGUUUCCUCACGGAACGCGACGACAUCCUGUGCCCAGAGUGCGGCAAAGACAUGUAAUGCAAACUGGCAGAUGAUGGUUACAUGUGACUAGACAACAAAGUUGAAGGAAUGACAAACAUACAAUAAAUACCAUAUAAGCACCGAGUAUAAUGCCCACAACAUAUCUACUACCAAUGUACAUUGUUACAUCCAUAAAAUACACAAACUAACAGUGUUAAGAUCAUUUAAGUAACAGUUCAAUUUGAGUCAUUACUAACACAUUAACUUUUGUCGUGAAAGACAUUUACUUAUGAAACAGCAACAUGAAUUGCCAGACUUUAAGAAAUUAUAGUAUAAAUGCAGACUUUGAUGUGUAGCAAUUACUCUUCUGUGCAUGAAUGAGCUUUGUCAAGUAGUUUAGCUGUAAGACUGGUAGAAUAUUGUUGCAUCCGUGUUCUUUUAGCCAUUGAAACUGUGCAUGAAAUAACAUUUCAGAAUCAUUAAUAUACUGGAAAAGGUAAAAAAAGACAAGCAUUUCAAAAUGAACACGUGUUUAAUGAGAAAUAUUAGAGUCCUGCAAUUUACAUUUAAUACAAUGCUGAAUUUAAAAGUACGUAACUUUCCAAUACCUGCUGCUGACUUACCUGCUGUAAUUAACUUAAUAAAUAAAUAUUAUGCUAGAAACCUCUUUAAACAUCUGUUACAAAUCUGACACAUGAUUUGACAAGGUUUUAAUACUUUGUGAAUCUUAUGUGUUCCUGAAUCAAUAAAAUUGUAUUUACAUGUA